UAAGAUUGCUGGUUCACUUAUUGUGUUUACUCCAUAAGAAUCAACUUUGCAAAGGAAAAACCUUUGGCUAUAGUAGUCACAAAGGGUUUUAUUAGCUCCACAGCAUUUAAUGAGGACAUUACACUAAAAUGAAGGUGGAAUAUGUUCAUUGAGAAAGAAAACAGUGUUAAAGACCAACUUGAAAAACUUAGUUUUGGAUUUCACCAGCAGUAAAAUGUAAAUUCUACAAUAAUCAUGCCAAUGUUCACGACAUAUUCAGUUUUGGUGAAACAGACAUCUACUGGAACUAAACUGGAACUGUCAAUGAGGUGACAACUGUGAGAGAAGCAAUGGUUAGACCUUUUGAUAUUAAUUGAGAGGAGCUAAACAUGCAUUUGGAGAAGGUGCAAAGAUUAUUAGGCUUUCUGAAAAUUGCGAUGUACUCAAAAGAAUAUGUAAGCACUAUCAAAUGAAUAACAACAACAGUAGGACUAAUGAAUUAUUGGACAAUAUAUGUCUGAAUUGCUUUAAAUUACCUUAUCACAUCAAAUUAUAAAGCAUCAAAAUAGGUUUGGAGUUGGAUUUUGCAUCAACUUCGCUUCAACUAGAACUGGAAGACUUCCCUGAAUCAUUCACGUAUUAAGAGAGUGACAGAGACCUGUAUUAAAAUUACAAUUCAUGUGAUGCCUAACCUUCUGAAGAAAGCUCUGUUUUCUGUAUCUGCCAUUGUAAGUUUUUUAUCUGCAAUCCUGCUUACUGUGGCACUGGGAACGACACGAUGGGUGACUGGUACCAUUUUGUGCAAAACAGGGGCUGAAAUAGUGAACGCUACAGAUCCAGAAAUGGCAAAGUUUAUAGGACACCUUUACUAUGGACUAUUCCGAGGACGGAAAAUACGAAAGUGUGGUCUUGGAGGACGGUACUCUGAAAUCACAAUUUUUCCACAGCUGGCGAAAACAUUGAAUACUGCUGUGCACAUUUUGGUUAUAUUGUUUAUCUGCCUAGCAAUUGCAUUUGCUAUGGUUAGUUUUGGAUUUUGUAUUUACAAUGCAGUGAAAAUCCCUUACCAGGCCAUGAAAGGAUCAAUGGGCAUCCACCUCUGGAAUUUGUUUGCAAGUCUAUGUGGAUUGUUUGCAAUUGUUUGUUUCUUUGCCACUGUGAAACUUCACCACCACACAGAACGAGUUGCCAAUUUUCGUGAGCAAGUCUUUAAGUUUGUUAUACUUCAGGAAUACUUCGACUUUUCCUUCUGGAUUUGUGUGGCAAGCCCUGUGGUACAUAUAGUGAAUAUUCUAAUUGUGUGCAUCAGCGGAAUACAAUGUCCCACAUUAAAGACCAAAUCAGAGGAAGCAAAUGUCACAGCCGAAGACCUGAUGUACUAGUCAACCAAUGUCAUUGGUAUCAUGCAGGAACAUAUCAUUGGAAAAUUUCACCUGUAAUGAACUGCUUCCAAAAGCCAAAUACAUCUUGUUUAUCUUGUGACAAACAAUUCAUGUCUGGUGUAAUAUUGGAAGAGUCCUUAAACUAACAUUAAAUGUAUUUUAUCUCAAUGGAACUACACAUAAGUUGUCUUUAUGUAAAUAUUUAAUGGUAAAAUGUGUAUUUUCUUCAUCCAGCCAGUUAUUAUUCAAAAUCUUAAUUUGUUUGAUAUGUAUUUUAAAACUUUUUUCAUAUGCUUGUGAAAAUGUGUUGGAUGUUUGACAAAACUACGUAACUGUCAUCACUGAGAAUAAAAU